UGCGCGGUGGUCGCCGUACCGGGUGUCACGGUUUAAGGAAUUGUACUUCGUGGAUAGUCUGUACGUUUCCUUAUUCCUUUCAUUCACGAACUCGUGUAGUUUUGUUUCGUCGACCGAUACAUGGAAUUUCAGUGAACGAAAUUUAAAUCAUAACCUCGAACAAAGUGUCGAUUACAUUGGAAACGUGAGUCGAUGACACACGGUAAUGGGAAUGGGACAUUCGUUGGAAAAGUUACGGAGCCCCCAGCGUUUUGGCGGAACGCGAGCAUAGUGUUGUCUCACAUAGCCGAACAGAAGUAUGAGCAUCACGUCGCUGGGAACGAGGUUAAUUCGCGCCGGUGAGUCAGCACCGUGAACAAUUAGCAUUUUGAUAGCGGGGGGUUGGUAACGAAGUUUACGGGAUGCGCGAACUGAAAUCACCGAGCAUCUCGACGCGUGCGUAAUUAUCCGCAGAUUUACUCUGUCGUUGGUACAUCGUCGAGGACUUUCUCAGUCAAGUUGAGUGUCUCGCGAGUCGUAACGUGUAAUAACGGCAGGUUGAUGAAGGGCACUCGCGCGCGCGCUGGAUCGAACGAUUCGUCGACAGAGUGAAGUGUGAUUCUUUUAAAGUGUAAACUACUUGGAAGCACUACAGUGAAACGCGAUAAUACUGGUACCAGAGCACCCUCUCGUAAAUCGUUCAUAAACCUAGCACGCCAUUCGGACGACAGGUCAACUGGCAGUGAACUUCGUCCCCUUGAAUUCCCAUUAACGAAACUCAAGAAUUGUUGGGAUAGUUGAAACGAUCUGACGCGUUCGAGCAGUAAUAGCGAGUUCGGCAUCGAUUACCGGAGAGGGGGGGCACACACAUGCCAGUCACUCGGAGUAAAUAUUGGAGGGCGUACACGAGCGACGACAACGUGCGUUAAUAACGGAGCGUGUAGGACUACCGGGGAGCGGCGUGUGAUGACCGGAAGUAGACGGAAGAGCGAAAACAAGGGAAGGCAACGAGUUCGCUAAAGAUGCGUGGGCUCUCCGGUCCAGAAGGGUUCGGGAGAUCGGUGUCGCUGUCGUUGGCCUACUGCUACUAUCUUCUCGUGCCGGUAUACCACGUGCUCGCCGUGACCAGCGAACUACCACCGAGGCUCGAUUUACCGGAGUAUUGUUCGUGGGACUCGCGACAGGAUGGCGCGCUCACUUGCAUUCACCGUUACACCGGGAACGACUCCCUCAGGACGAACUUUUCACAGGCGACUAGCGAAUACGUGACCUCGAUCAACGUCGUUUGCGAGGAUUCAGAAUCAUUGGAAAAUGGUAUACUGAACGUGGACGGGUUCGUACAGUUAUGGAGAUUGCGAUCGUUAAGGUUGACCGGAUGCAAGCUGGUCCAUUGGCCGGCAAAAGUUUUGAGCGGUCUGCGGGAUCUACGUAAUCUAACGAUCAGGAGCUUAAACGGACGAAAGAGCAAGUACAGCUUGGAGCUGGAGAACGGGGCGUUCGACUCGGUGCCACAGAUUGAGAAGAUUGAUUUAUCGUGGAACAACAUCUGGCAGAUACCGGAACACUUGUUUUGCCCGCUAUCGAACCUCCUAACGCUGAACAUCUCUUGGAACAUGUUGAAGGAUAUCAGCGAACUGGGAUUCAGGGAUAUCGCGGAGAAACACCCGAGACGUCAGCAGGAAUCGACCCCGUCGCCUUUCCCUUGUUCUCUGGAUGUGCAAUCGUUGGACGUGUCGAGUAAUCAAAUUUCGGUUCUCCCCGCCUACGGCUUUUCCUCGUUGAAGAGGCUCCGCGUGCUCAACUUGUCGAGCAACGCGAUCUCCAUGGUUGCAGACGAGGCGCUUCAUGGACUCAGAUCCCUCGAGACCUUCGACCUGUCUGGAAACAGAAUCGUCGCGUUACCGACGGAAAUGUUUCGGGACGCGGCCAAGUCACUGAAGGAAUUGCGGCUCCAGAACAAUUCCAUCAGCGUGCUGUCACCGGGCCUGGUCGCGGACAUGAAUCAGCUUGUCGCUUUGGAUCUGUCGAGAAACGCGUUAACCAGCUCCUGGCUGAAUUCCGCCACGUUCUCUGGUUUGAUUCGACUGGUUCUUCUGAAUUUGUCUCAUAAUCGAAUAAGUCGAUUGGACCCGGCUCUGUUCAAAGAUCUUUACACUCUUCAGAUAUUAAAUUUGCAGUACAACGAGAUCGAAACGAUACCAGCGGAUACGUUCGCGCCCAUGAGUAAUUUACACACGCUAGAUCUAGCUUUCAAUCGAUUGACUUACCUGGACGCUUACUCUCUCAACGGAUUGUUUGCACUUUCUCUGCUGUCGCUCGAUUCUAAUCAGCUCGAAGGUAUCCAUCCGGAUGCCUUUCGCAAUUGUUCCAGUAUGCAGGACCUGAAUCUAUCCGGGAACAGUUUGGACAGCAUACCGGUCGCACUGAAGGACAUGAGAAUGCUGCGUACGCUGGACCUCGGCGAAAAUCAGAUCAGAAGCCUGAACAGACCCGGUUUCCGUGGAAUGUCCAGUCUGUAUGGAUUACGAAUGAUCGGAAACGAGAUCACGAACGUCACUAUGGAGGAUUUCGCUGAGCUCCCCGCUCUUCAGAUAUUAAACUUGGCACGGAACAAGAUCGAGGUCGUCGAGGACGGCGUGUUUUCCACGAAUCCAGCGUUGCAGGCGAUUCGUUUGGACUCGAAUUUGUUGCAGGACAUGUCCAGUAUGUUCGCCAGCGCACCUGGUCUCCUCUGGCUGAAUAUGUCCGACAACAUGAUCGUACAGUUCGAUUACAGUUAUCUGCCAGAGAAAUUACAGUGGAUGGAUCUACAUAAAAAUCUUAUUAUGGAUCUCGGUGUCGCGCCACAGGGCAUAAGAUUACAGACGCUCGACGUGUCGUUCAACCGGCUAACGAGGAUACAUUCGAGGUCGAUACCGGACUCCAUUGAGCUUCUGUUCGUCAACGACAAUUUGAUACAGACUGUGGAGCCUCAGACGUUUUUCGACAAGUUGAAUCUUACCAGGGUGGAUCUCUACGCGAAUCAGAUCGUCAAGAUGAAUCUGUCUGCGUUUCAGUUGACCCAGGUGCCCGCGUAUCGACAAUUGCCAGAGUUCUACAUCGGUGGCAACCCCUUCAUAUGCGACUGUACAACGGAAUGGUUGCAAAGAAUCAAUUCGUUGUUGCUGAGACAACAUCCGAGAGUAAUGGAUUUGGAGUCGGUGUACUGCAGGCUUCCGUACGAUCGUCACAAAUCGUUCAUACCGUUGCUCGAGGCGAAACCGUCUCAGUUCCUCUGCACGUACAAGGCUCAUUGUUUCGCGCUGUGUCAUUGCUGCGACUUCGACGCCUGCGACUGCGAGAUGACUUGCCCGACAAACUGCACUUGCUAUCACGAUCAAUCCUGGUCGGCGAACGUAGUGGAUUGCUCGAACUCCGGUUACAAAACCCUCCCCGGCCGAUUACCGAUGGAUGCCACCGAGGUUUACCUCGAUGGAAACAAUUUCGGGGAAUUGAAUUCCCACUCGUUCAUCGGCCGUAAGAACCUGCAGAUUCUGUACGCGAACGAUAGCAACAUCAUCGCUAUACGCAAUCAUACUUUCAGCGGUCUGAAGCGUUUGUUGGUCCUUCAUCUGGAGAACAACAAGAUAAGCGUGCUCAACGGCGUGGAAUUGAUGCCUCUGGAGAACCUGAAGGAACUCUACCUACAGAACAAUCUACUGACGUAUAUAGAUAACGGAACGUUCCUUCCGCUACGUCAGCUGGAAGUGUUACGAUUGGAAAACAAUCGACUUGGCACUUUCGCUGUUUGGCAGCUCGGCCAGAAUCCAUAUUUGGUCGACAUCGGGUUGUCCAGUAACCCAUGGAGUUGCGAGUGCUCGUACUUGGACCGAGUACGCGAGUGGAUGUCCCGUAACAGAGCGAAGAUAAGCGACUGGAGGAGCGUCACCUGUUCCCUUGGUAUACCUAUUACUCUUCCGGCGAACGGAUCGGUCAUAAAUUGCGCGGCAUUAACAGGCACGACCUCGGUCAUCGAGACUCGACCGCUCGAGGCUUACUUGCCGCUACUGCUCGCCACCGCCGUGCUGAUUUUUGCCAUGGUGGCGCUGGUGUGUGGUGCAUUCAGGCAUCGUCGUACCCUGAGGACAUGGGCUGCCAGCAGAUGCGGCCUCAGAGCGUGUUACAAGACAGCAGCUUUCGAGGAUCAAGAGAAACCCUUCGACGCCUAUAUCUCGUACUCCGCCGUGGACGAGGCGUUCGUUUCGACGAUUCUGGUACCUGGUCUGGAAACUUCUUACCGGCUGUGUUUACACUACCGUGAUCUAAGCGCCGGUAGCAACGUGGCCGAUGCAGUGGCGGAAGCGGCCGAUUCUUCGAGAAGAACCAUCCUAGUAUUGUCGAAGAACUUUCUGCACGGCGAGUGGGCCAGAUUCGAGUUUAAAGCGGCGCUGAGGGACGCUCUGAAAGGGAAGGGCCGCUCGGUGAUCGUGCUGCUGGUAGGCGGUGUGGGUCCACGAGAUCUCGACGCCGAUCUCAAAAAGAGAAUCUCGUCGCACACCGUGCUGGUGUGGGGGGACAAGUUGUUUUGGCAGAAGCUAAGGUUCGCCAUGCCAGACGUGUCCCCUGUUCCUGUUUUGGAGAGACCCCUGCCAUUGCCGCCACCGCCACCGCCCCCGGCGCAGCAUCAAUGGACGUAGAACUGCCAUUAUUUAGCUACGGCCAGAGGGUGGUUACUGGGAGAAAGAAAGAGAGAGAGGGAAAGAAAGAGAAAAAGGGAGAGAGGGAAAGAAAGUACGGAGGGCGCAUAAAGCGCGCGGAUAAAAAUUGCCGGCGCGAGAUCGCCGGUGAAAAAUGCUUUUUCGCCGUCGAUCGUACGGCUCUCGAAAUACGUGUCCCGCCUCCUAAUUGCGUGGAGCCCGGCGGCCGUUUUCGUUCGCGUAGCAAACUCUCAUCCGGGGAACAAAAAUCUGCCAGUAAUCCCCGGAGCCGAACGCGCUGUCGAACGGAAAAGGAAAAGAGAACACACGGGGGCUGUCUCGAGGCGUCCGCCCAUCGGAACAGGUAGAAAUCUACGAUCGCGCGUACCUGUUCGUCGCCCUUUACAUUUGUACCUGACAACGGCUGGACCGAAUCUGGAAGACAAAUGGGAUUACCACCGGCCUUGCGUUUUCCCUGGCCCUGAAGGGACGUUAGAAAUUAAAAGAGGAUUUGUACCGGUGGUUGAUUCGUUGGUUUCUUUUUUUCUCGACACACCCUUCCCUUGACGGUGGGUGGUCGUUUCGGUACGGAUUUUCAAAAUGACGCAACGGGGAUGGUAAAGUCUGCGACUUUGUCAGCGUCAUGUCGCGGCUAAACAGCCUUCUUCUGAAGUUUGUAAAUAAUCAAAGUUUGGAUCUAUCUUGACAAGAGGAUAAUCUGUAUCUAAUUUAAGAAGUCGGGUAGACAGUGAAACGAGUUAAGUUAAAGACUGCGUGGUGACUGUGAAUGCAAUAAACGAGGAAGUUGAGAAAAAAAA